AUGUAUUUGAAAUGCAAGGAACGCCUCUAUGAACGUUUUGUGAAUACCAGCGGGCAUCCGUCCUAUGUCAAAUGGUGGCAAAAACUCGAAUCUCCUCUGAUCUCUCUGUGGCAUGAUGCUUCCAGUCAAGUUCCAGCGCCGCUUUUCCGAUCAUACCAGCCAUUGACAACGGCACUUUUGGACUCGGCAUCCCCGGAUAUCCAACGCUCGGGAUCGAAGUUAUCGGGAUUAGGUUCUUCGUCGCGAGGUGAGCGACUCGAGCAUGGGAAGAUCGAAAGACUUGUUCUUAUCACCACCGCGAGCGUCCAGAUUUUCUUGACGCAAUUUAUCAAGCACGUCCGGCCGCUGGGCCAGGAUUUGGAAAAUCCAAGUCGUGGCACUGCUCGACGCAUCCUGAGACGCAAAGAGGAAUGUGAACAAGGUCUCUCCGAUUUCCUCAUUCGUGAACUCGCGGAUCAUGUUCGUCGGCUUCUCGGCGUCCGUUUCCCCCGCGGCGAUUCUUUCGUGGUAUCGCUUGGAUUCCAUCAUAUGGAGCACCCAGUGGUCUACGAUGCACCCAUAUUCGAGUCCAUGAUGGUAGAUGAUAGGGUGUUGCUUAGGAAUGGCAUGAUAUACUUGUGGGCCCAGAUAGUUAUCCACAGAUUAUGCAAAUUACCCAAUUAG